AUGAAGUCCUCUCUGGCUGUAUUCGCUGGUACAUUCCUGGCAGCGGCAGUCCGGGCGCAGAACGCAGCUUACCAGCAAUGCGGCGGCUCUUCCUGGACCGGAACUACGGCAUGCGUAUCCGGAUUCUACUGUCUCUAUCAAAGCCAAUGGUACUCUCAGUGUGUUCCUGGUACGGCGAGCACGACAGCAGUCGCCAUACCUUCCUCCACGCUCAAGACCAGCACCACUUCAAAGUCCGUCGUCUCCAGCACGAAGUCUAGCACAGCUCCAUCUUCGACCAGCAGCGGGAAGUUCAAGUUCUUCGGGAUCAACGAAUCCGGUGCUGAAUUCGGCCAGGGCGCCUAUCCCGGAACCUGGGGAAAGGACUUCAUCUUCCCCUCUAACUCUGCUAUCGAUAUUUUGAUCAGCGAAGGCUAUAACACGUUUCGCGUAGCGUUCGCUAUGGAGCGCCUCGCGCCCUCUGGAAUCACGGCUGCUUUCUCCGCGGCGUACUUCGCAAACCUGACGGCGACCAUUCAACACAUCACGGACAAGGGCGCCUAUGCCGUUCUCGACCCGCACAACUUCGGCCGCUAUAAUGGGGCCAUCAUCAGUGAUGUUGCUGGCUUCAAGACGUUCUGGACCACCCUCGCUACCCCGUUCAAGGCUAACGCGAAAGUCGUCUUCGACACCAACAACGAGUACCAUGACAUGGACCAGACUCUCGUCCUGAACCUCAAUCAGGCCGCCAUCGACGGUAUCCGCGCCACGGGCGCCACCUCGCAGUACAUCUUCGUCGAGGGCAACUCCUACUCGGGCGCCUGGACCUGGGCCGCGGUGAACGACAACCUCAAGGCCCUCCGCGACCCGCAGGACCGGCUCGUCUACGAGAUGCACCAGUACCUCGACUCGGACGGCUCCGGCACCAGCGACGCCUGCGUGUCGGGCACCAUCGGCCUCGAGCGCGUCACGAGCGCGACGGCCUGGCUGCGGGCGAACGGGAAGCGCGGCAUCAUCGGCGAGUUUGCGGGCGGCGCGAAUGCACAGUGUAUGAGUGCCGUGAAGGGCUUGUUGGAGCAUCUGAAGGCGAACAGCGACGUGUGGACGGGGGCGCUGUGGUGGGGGGGUGGACCGUGGUGGGGGACCUACAUCUUCGGCUUCGAGCCCCCGAGCAGCACGGGCUACAACUACUACGGCCGCACGCUCAAGACGUACGCGCCUGGCCUCUGA